CGGCCCCUCUUCGCCUCUGUUGUUGCCAGAGCCGAGGCGCAGCAGAAGUCCACUUCGGUUUUUCCGCGAAGCUCCAAAAAUCUAUGAAAUGUGUUUGCAUGUUCCUCUCUGCAAGCGGGGAUGUAGAGGUGGGAUUGCAAGGACCGAGAAAGCUGGGGGAACCCACGCGUUCAGCCUCAGAGAAAGUACGGCUUUUUCCUACACAACUGACGCGCAAUCAUUUUUUUCUUUCCACAUUUGUCACCAACAGGCAGACACUCAGUAGGAUUGUGUUCUCGGAGAAUACGCUCUUUUUUUCCUGCUCUUUUCUUUUUUUUUUCUUUUUUUUUUUUGUCACCAUUCUGCACGGCAGGCUGAGAGACGGACCGCUCGGACUGUGGGAGCCCUCCCCUCUGCUCCGAUCUGCUUUGUUUCCAGAUGGCCCAUUGGAGAGCGUGGAUGAGGCCUGAGCUGUAGUGGGGCAGAGGGCUUUGGGGCCUGCCUGUUGUCGGCUUCCAGAUUCAUCCAUUGAGGUGAGGCGCCAUUCUCCACCAGGGCAGGACACGGACCAGGAACAGGUCUUUGCUCCCCCUCCUCGCUCACCCCUGCCCCCUUUCCACCCUCAUCCCCAACCCAGGCACAUACGCUCUGGACCAUGUCUAGCGAGCCGUCGGAGGGGGGUCGGACAGAUGACCAGGAGCGGAGUAGCAGCAAACACCACUCUCCUGCCAUAGAACGCAGGAACCGCAGCGGCAUCAUCAGUGAGCCCCUCAGUAAGAGCCUUAAGAACUCACGCACCCUCUCCCAGUACACAGCCGUCUCCUCGGCCAACACCAACGGACACACAAACAAUAAUGAGGCGAAGAGUCACUCGGCCAAGCCUCAGCCCGCCCCGCAGCCCCAGCCAACCGUCUCUGCACUGACAGCAGCCAAGUUGGACCGAACCCUUGAACAGGUUCUGGAGGGACAGAACGGCCUGCUGCACUUUGCUCAGGCGGCAGCGUUGUUGAAGCGGGCUGGUAUGGAGCACAUGCUCCUUCCCGGGGGCAUGGGAGUAGGAGUUGGCGGAGGAGACGCAGGCUCGGGGGCUAGCGACUUGGAGGGUACGUCUGUCACGGACGCCGUAGGUGGUCCCAUUGACUUCCCAUAUGGAGUAGGGGGUGGUUUCCCUUUCAACCCGGGUCUUUUCAUCAUGACGCCGGCCGGAGUGUUUCUGGCGGACAGCGCACUGCACAUGGCCGGCCUGGCCGAGUACCCGGCACAGAGCGAGCUGGCCUCCGCUAUCAACUCCGGGAAAAAGAAGCGAAAACGUUGCGGCAUGUGCCCACCUUGUCGACGGCGGAUUAACUGCGAGCAAUGCAGCAGCUGCCGGAAUCGCAAGACGGGCCAUCAGAUCUGCAAGUUCCGCAAAUGUGAGGAACUGAAGAAGAAGCCCUCUGCUGCUCUGGAGGUAAGAUGGAGAAGGUGAUGCUUCCUACAGGAGCAGCGUUUCGGUGGUUCCAGUAGGACUCCUCCUCCACUCCCUACCCAAAGCUCUGCCAUCAAGUGCAAUGCCAACUCCUGGAUUGUCUCCGGAAAAGAAACUGGCUUAUACACAAACAAACAAGCAACAAGUAAAAUAAAAUAAAAAAAACAACAUCAAAACAAUGACAAAAAAAAAAAACAA